AUGGGGCGGUUUAUGGGCGCUAUAGGGCGCUAUGGGGCGCUAUGUGGGACGCCGUGGGUCGCAGCGACAACUCACUGCAGCGCAACGGCUCUGCCGCUGCUGCUGACGCUGGGCGACGCCGUGCACAACGCUGCGGACGGAGUGGCGCUGGGCGCCGCCUUCAGCGCCUCCUGGCGGUCGGGGGUGGGAACUGCAGUGGCGGUGCUGCUCCACGAACUGCCCCACGAGCUGGGCGACAUGGCCGCCCUGCUGCGGUCGGGGCUGAGCGCGGGGCGCGCCGUGCUGCUGAACGCCGUGGCGGCGCUGCCGGCUCUGGUCGGCGCGGGAGCCGGGCUGGCCGUCGGAAGCGACCCGGAAGCGCUGAGAUGGGUGUGCGGGGCCGCAGCCGGGAUCUUCCUCUACGUGGCGCUGUGCGAUAUGAUGCCCGCCCUGCUGCAGGAGCACAGCACCCAGCCAUGGCUGCUGCUGGGCCUGCACUGCCUUGGCUCCUCAGCGGCUGGGCGGCGCUGGCUGGGCUGGCGCUGCUGGAGGACAGCGGGGCUCUGUGACACAACUGGGGCCUACUGGGAUCUACUGGGAUCUACUGGGAUCUACUGGGAUCUAUUGGGAUCUACUGGACUUGGCUGGACGUUAUUGGGCACGACUGGGACCGACUGGGCACUGCUGGGAGCUGCUGGAGGACAGCAGGGCUCUGUGACACAACUGGGAUCUACUGGGGCCAACUGGGAUCUACUGGGACCCUACUGGGACCAACUGGGACCAACUGGAACCAACUGGGAACCUACUGGGACCUACUGGGACCAACUGGGAUCUACUGGACACUGCUGA